AUGCACGUCUUCGUGACUGGAGCCACCGGCUUCAUCGGCAGAGCAGUUGUCGACGAGCUCAUAACCGCCGGCCACACGGUCACAGGUCUCGCCCGCUCCGACGAAGCCGCCGCUGCCCUGACAGCGAAAGGCAUCAGAGUACUCCGCGGUUCCUUUCGAGACCUUGAGAUCGUCAAGCAAGGAGCCAGCGAGGCUGACGGCGUGAUCAAUCUUGCAUUCGACCACGACUUCAGCAAGUAUGCACAGAACUGCCUUGACGAGAAAGAGACCAUCGAAGCUAUAGGCUCAGUCCUGGUAGGAACCAACAAGCCUCUGGUCACCACCACUGGCACCUUGGGGCUCACCAAGGGUAAAGUCAGCACCGAAGACGAAGUCAUUGAUUACGAACAACCAAUGAACAUCCGCGCUCAGAAUGAGAAGGUCGUUUCCGAGCUUGCUCGGCAAAACGUGCGUGCUUGUGUCAUCCGUCUGCCGCCUACUGUACACGGCGAUGAGGACCACGCGUUCAUCAAUAGGCUCGCUGCUCUGGCCCAUUCGCAGGGUAAUGCCAUCUACAUCGAUGCGGGACUAAACCGCUGGCCUGCUGUUCAUCGUCAUGAUGCUGCUCGGCUCUACCGACUUGCCCUAGAGAAUGGUGUUGCUGGAAGCAAGUACCAUGCUGUGGGUGAGGAGGGUAUCGCCAUGAAAGAUAUUGCUGAAGCCAUUGGUCAUAAUCUGGGUCUCCCUGCUGUCUCCAAGACUCUUGACGAAGCGGGAAGCCUUGACAGCUUCAUCUCUUUUGUUAUGAGCAUAGAUAACCCGACUUCAAGUAAGAAGACCCAGGAACUCCUUCGCUGGAAGCCACUUGGCCGGAAGCUUUUGGAUGAUAUCAAGGCCGGAGUUUAUGCCCAGAAGUGA